CUUCAUAUGUAACUCUCCACACAUCCUGUGCUCUCUACCUUCGAACUUCACCCCUCAUCACACUGCAAGCCUGGGCUCAUCACUUCUGCCUGGUUCACAGAAGGCCCUCAACGACCUUCUGCUUCCAUCUAAGGAGACUUUCUCCACAGCAGACAAGGCAAACCUUGAAAACCCAGCUCUGCUGGCUGGAGAGAUGGCCUCAGUGCUUAACAGCACUCGUUGCAAAGCAGAGGACAGGGGUUCAGGGUCUAGAUUCACAUAGUGGCUUCAACAACUAUCCCUACCCCAGUUCUAAGGGAUCUGACACCGUCUUCUGAACUCCGAGACAUGCACAUGGUGCACACAUACAUACAUGCAGGCAAAACUCUCAGACACAUAAAAUAACCUAAAUAGAACCCAACCCAGCCCUGGUCACGCCUCUCUCCGUUUGGAGAAAUGGCUUUCCUAAGCCCCACCCUCUACCUUCUGAUCCUGUUUCUUACAGUUAUCUUCCUCAUUGCCCUCCUUGUGAUUCUUCAAACACAGUAGCUCCGGGGCCUUUGGAACUAGCGGGGCUCUCUGCCUACAAUGCUGACCCCCUCAUAUCCCUUAAUUAUCUCUCAAAGUGAGGUCUACUCCGAACGUUUAAACCUCAAGCUCCCCACCGUGAGAAGCCCACGCUCCAUUUCCCUGGAUGGUUUUCGCCUUGUAACAUAUUUACUCCAGGUGAUACUUUGAAUUGAAGAAAAGUAAACACCCACCGCACCCCACAAAAACCAGCCAGCACAACUCAAAGCAGGGUGUAGGUACUCUUCUUUUUCUCUACAUUGUGAGGUCAGGGAGGGGACCUCAGAGUUGACCUAAAUGUCAAGGAGUUCUGAGGCUAGUGAUGGGGGUGGGGUGAGAAGGAAGGGCUCUCUGGGCUUCAGGAACUGCAGAGAAGAGGUUGAGGUGGGAACCCACAAGCUCCUGGGCAGACGUUUAAACGCAUUUGCCCUCGGCUUCUGGGAGUCCUGCCUGCCUUAGUGCUAUCCUGCAGUCUUCCCUUAAGCGUUUGGAUGGACAAACUCCAGGUAGAGCUUUGGGAUCACAGGUGAACUGCAGCCCCUCACUGGCAGGUGACAGAAGCCGUAAUGGCCAAUUUCUAGAGGCAGAGAUGGGGCUGACCCAAGGACUUAGUUGCAGGCUCUUUAGGAGCUAGCCUUAUGAAGCGCCCUAUCCGAUGAAUUGCCCGGCUUGGCUCUGCCAGCGUGGGGUGGGACUGGCUGGGCGGUAAGGGGGAAUUUUUUGGGGAAAAAAACUGUCUAAUUCUUUCUCCUUUGGUGGUGGGCUGGAGGUCUGUGGGUAGCCUGACGUUGGGCUUGGGGUUCGAGGUCAUUCAUCACCGACAAGUCCUGCGGCUCAGGCGGGUCCUCACCGCCAGGUCCUCAGUUUCCCUCUGGUGUGCGUGCCGAGGCGACUUUGCAGAUCCCGAGGCCUGGUGGGUACUGGGCGGGGAGAGACCGGGGCGGUAACACGAGCCUCCCGGGCGGGGUCUCCUGGCUCCCGCGGCCACGUCUGCGGCCCGGGCGGAGGCGCGGGGUCCGGAGCAGAGAGCGGUCGCAAAGCACCCGACUAGGCAGGCUCAGGCUCUGGAGGCUCUUCUGAUAAGUGUGUCACCAACAAGACCCCACCAAGAAUGUGUGAGACCAUUUACUGCUUCUCCUUCAUUAUGACUCUUGCGGGUUGAGCUGCCAUAGGAACCUUGGAGCACCAGAAUUUGUUUUUUGAUAUCCAGGUUUUUUUGUGCGUGGCCCUUUGAUGACCUUUGAAAAGGACAGCAAGGAAGAUUAGUCAGUGUCCUUCACAGAUGAAGUCUGGGAGCUGCAGGGACACAGUAGCAGCCACAGGACUGGGCUGGAGGUCUUCUGAGCUUGGGGCCUUUCCUCCAGGUGCUCCCAUCUCUACCUCAGCAUUCUUGUGGACGCCAUGAAGCUGAACAAGAGGAGCAUGGCCCACUAUGCUCUGAGCGAUUCUCCAGCAGAUCACACCGGCUUCCUUCGUACUUGGGGGGGACCAGGGACAGCACCUACUUCCAGUGGUGCUGGCCGAAGAUACUGGUUUGUGCUCAAGGGCAACCUGCUAUUCUCUUUUGAGAACAGAGAAAGCCGGACCCCUCUGAGCCUGGUGGUAUUGGAGGGCUGCACGGUGGAGCUGGCCGAAGCUCCUGUGCCUGAGGAAUUUGCCUUCGCCAUUCGCUUUGAUGCCCCUGGAGUGCACCCACACCUGCUGGCAGCAGAUGGGCAGGUUGCCCAGGAGGCCUGGGUAAAGGCACUAUCCCGAGCCAGCUUUGGCUACAUGAGACUUGUAGUCCGAGAACUGGAGAGCCAGUUGCAGGAUGCCCGUCAGAGCCUGGCCUUGCAUCGCUGUGUGUCCCAGAAGUCUGUUGCCAGCUGUAGUAAGCCUUGGACUACUGACCGCUCAGCUCCAGGCCCUGAGAAUGGUCACUUUCUCCCUAGGGACCGAAAUCCCAAUGGGUCUGUGGAAGAAAGGGGAAGCAGGCCAAUGGGUCGGGAUUUGACUGAAUGGGAGUUGCAGGGCCCUGCCAGCCUCCUCCUAAGCAGGGGACAGAGCCCCGUGUCCCCUGAGACCUCCUGUUUCUCUACCCUGCAUGACUGGUAUGGGAAGGAGAUCAUGGAGCUAAGGCGAGGAUGGCAGCAGAGGGCCAAGGGGAGCCAGCCAGAGAGCAAGCAACAGGAUAGGCCCUGAUUCCCGGCCCUUUGCACUGUGACCCUGACCUGCUGGUCAGGAUGCCAGGGUCAGUACUUCAGGAGUUAAAUGUUUACUCAUUUCCCAGAUUGCUGUGUGUGUGUGUGUGUGUGUGUGUGUGUGUGUGUCCCUCCUGCUCUGUAGACUUUCUCCAACUUGCAAUCCUCCCCUCUGCCUGGAGUGAACUGAGGAAUCAUGACUUCCAACCUGUUUCCUGAGGCCUAGAAAGGCCAGGUGGCUGAUGGGAACAUAAUGUAAUGCAGGAAGGGGCUGUGCCCCCGCCCCUGCAGGACACUCUAGCUGUAAUGUCCAACAUAAGAAGUCUUGGGCAUCUGAAUACCAGCAGUGCCAGCAGAAGUGGCCUGAGGACUGACAUCGACAUGGUUUGUGCAGGGCUCUCUGUAGGAGAGGCUCUCCCGGUGCUAAGGGGGAUUUUUCUUCUCCCCCGCCACCUUGUCAAUGCCCAGUGCUGGACAUGGCCCUGGGAGAGGCAGGCAGCCUUUAUCUAGGAGCAGCCCUUCCUGAUCUGCUGUCCACGGAUUGUUCCCAGUGCUUGUCUGCCAAGAACCCUCGUGGCUACUUUCUCCUGUAUCAUGCCAAGUAUUGUUUUCUAAGAGGACAAAUGGCUGGGUCUUAUAGAGCCAGAAGCCAGGCCCAUCCGUCCCUUUAUGUAUGUGCGGUGACGGUGACUGUGGGAAAAUGCGGGGCUUGAUAGAGCUAUACCUCUUUCCCAAACAAAACCUGCCUCUGCCUGACCACCCUGCUUUCCCUGUCUGGGGACUUGGGGCAACCUGACCCAAAUCCACCCAGGCUUAAAGGCCAGUCUUUGGCCUCCAGGAGACUUGAGUUUCAUGAUCUCCUUGGCCAGGGCCAGGUCCUGUGACGCCAGGCAUGGUUCUCAGCCUGCACAUAGCAUCAUAGCCAACUACCCUUGAUUGUACACACAAGUACUACGCCUUUGCUAAGUUUCUUGUUAGUGUUCUUUAGUUUGGUUUUUGGAGACCAGCUCUCACUUUGUAGCCCAUGAAGGCCUGGAACUCAUUCUUAGCUUUGCAAGCACUGGGAAUAGUUAUGAACCACCACACCCUGUUUGGUUUUGUUUGCUUUGUAGCAGGUCUUGGUUCUCCGGAAGGCCUGCCCACCCAGCUCCUCAUACUAGCACUUCUGGCUUUAGGUUUUGUUUUGUUUUCUUAUAAUCAGAACAGUAAAGUUUGCAGGGUGUGGUAGCAAAGGAGGUUGAGGAGGAUCAGGAGUUCAAGGCAUUCCAAGGUUUUUGACUAGGCUGGGCUACACGCGAGACCCUUUCAGAAAAUUAUUCAUUUUUGUUAUUAUAACCUGUGUUUACAAAUGAAGAGUCAGGAGUCGGAGCUGCGAAGCCGGUGUCCGAGCCUAGGGACUGAGUGAGUCCGGGAACCUGUUCUGCUGGUGCAACCUCCACCAGUACAGUUUUCUGCUCUUGCUUGUUGCCUCGCCCUAUGGGAAGCCUGCUGCUCACUGCUGCUAUUGUUCGAGUGUUCACAGACGCUAUGGGCUCUUGUUAACUUUUUAUUGUUAAAGUUCCUUUUUAUAAAUUCAAAUACCAAGUAAAGUUUUUCAUUACACA